AUGUAUUACAAGCGCAAAAGCCGACCUAUAUCAACAGCGCUCUUCCUGAUUGUCGCAGCAUACGUUUUCUUCUUCUGGUUACCCCAAACACCACUAUACCGAGUCCGUCUUCCAAAGCCAAUAUCCCGAAAGGACAACAGUGUUCGGCAUGAUGCCAUCCGUUUAAACAAAGUCUCUGAGCGAUAUCCCGUUACAGAAUACAUCCCGUUGCCCAAAAGUGGUGCGAAGAUUCCCCGCAUCCAGCAUAACUUUCCCGAAGAAACUCGCAGCGAGCGCAAGGCGAGACUCAAGAAGCGGGAUGCUGUGAAGGAGGCUUUCCUUCAUUCAUGGAAUGGAUAUAAAGAGUUUGCAUGGAUGCGAGACGAGGUGAAACCCCGCACUGGGGGAUAUCAAGAUACAUUCAAUGGAUGGGGUGCCACGCUAGUUGAUUCAUUGGAUGCUCUUAUCAUUAUGGGGCUGGAUGAUGAGCUGCAGCUGGCUCUUGAGGCUCUGGAGGAUAUUGACUUCACGACAACUAAGAGCAGACACGUUCCAGUCUUCGAGAUCAUUAUUCGCUAUAUGGGUGGCUUUAUUGCUGCCCAUGAUCUGACCGAGGGCAAACAUCCUAUCCUGCUGAGAAAGGCUGUCGAACUGGGCGAGAUGAUCUUCAAUGCAUUUGACACGCAUAAUCGCAUGCCUCAAGUGCGCUGGGAAUGGACCAGGUCUGCCAAAGGUCAAGAAAUCACACCCUCGGCACGUACUAGUUUGGCGGAAAUGGGCUCCUUGACAAUGGAAUUCACUCGCCUGACGCAAUUGACUGGAGAUCCCAAGUACUACGAUGCGGUGCAGCGAAUCAUGAAUGAACUCGAAAUCGGACAAGACAAGACCCGUAUGCCUGGCAUGUGGCCAACAUGGAUUGACACCGACCGAAUGGACUUUGACGACUCUGAAUUUACAAUUGGUGGAUGUGCCGAUUCCGCGUACGAGUACUUGCCCAAAGAACACAUUCUCUUGGGCGCACAGACGGAUAAAUAUCGCCGGAUGUAUGAGAAGGCGAUUGCGACAUUCAAUGAGAACCUACUAUUCAGAGGGAUGACCAAGGAUGAAGACCAACAUAUUCUCUUCACCGCUAACGUAGUUGCGAUGAGAGGUGAUACGAAGACCUUCCAGUACUCGCCUGAUCAUCUCAAGUGCUUCAUGGGUGGCACUGUGGCUAUUGGAGCCAAGGUCUUCGAUCGACCGGAGGAUAUGUAUGUUGCCCGUGGACUUACAGACGGGUGUGUCUGGGCAUAUGAUGUUAUGCCUACGGGCAUAAUGCCGGAAGUGUUCAAAGUCAGCCCCUGCAAGUAUAUCGAUGACUGCCCAUGGGAUGAAGAGCAGUGGAUGUCGGAUGUGAUCUUGCAGUCCAUCGAUUCUGAGGAGACCCGCGAGAAAGCCGAGGAACGUAUCGAGAAUGAGCAUCUGCCUCCUGGGGUGACUGAUGUUAAGGACGCAUCGUACAAGCUCAGACCCGAAGCUCUCGAGUCUCUUUUUGUCAUGUACCGCAUUACUGGCGACAAAACUCUGCAGGAUUCUGCAUGGCGGAUGUUUAAGAACAUUGACAAGGCCACCCGCACCAAGUUUGGCCACUCCGCCAUCAACGACGUGCGCCAUUCAAGACCGAAACACGAGGAUAAGAUGGAGAGUUUUUGGCUCGCCGAAACAUUGAAAUAUCUCUAUUUAAUUUUCUCUGAGCCUGAUCAUAUCAGUCUGGACGACUAUGUUCUGAGCACCGAAGCCCAUCCUUUCAGACGCUCGAAACCCAUUGAUCCGUGA